CCAAGUUUUUAUGUUUUUUCCAUUUCCCAAAACGAUCAGGUUACCGAUCUUUAAAGCACACAGGAAUAAUAAAAGAACAGGAAGAAGAGGACCAAGAACAAGAAGCAAAACACCACGACGUCGUUCUAGCCACUGAUAGCGGGCAUCCCCCAACAUCCAAUCCUAUAGAUAAAUCCUUAUAGGGCGUUUUCGAUUCCAAGUUUCAUUGUGUGGUAGAGAAUAGAAGAGGGGGUUGUUGAUUGUGGAAGGAAGAAGAUGACCCCAGUUUGCCCAUUCGUGAAAGCCGCUCGCCCAGACGACGGUUCUUCAAGAAAGCCGGCUUCUGAACCCGCGUGUCCGGUUGUUAAUAGUAACAAUAAACAACAACAACAGCAACAGCAGAAGGUAGAGGCUAAAUGCCCAUUUGGGUAUGAUUCUCAAACAUUCAAGCUCGGCCCUCUCAGCUGCAUGAUAUGCCAAGCUCUUCUUUUUCAAUGCAGCAAAUGCGUGCCCUGUUCUCAUUCAUUUUGCAAAGCAUGUGUAUCACGGUUUAAGGACUGUCCGUUGUGUGGGGCUGACAUUGAGAAGAUUGAGGAUAAUGAGAAUCUUCAGAGUUUAGUGGAUCGCUUCAUUGAAGGUCAUGCUAGAAUUAAGAGGCCCCAUAUGGAUGGUGGUGGCGAGAAUGAAGAGGAAACAGAGAAGGUUGAGACCCAGAAUGAUAAAAGAGUGAUUUAUGAGGAUGUUUCUUUGGAGAGAGGAGCUUUCUUAGUCCAGCAAGCCAUGAGGGCCUUUAGAGCUCAGAAUAUAGAAAGUGCCAAGUCAAGACUCAGUGUCUGUGCAGAAGACAUCCGAGAUCAGUUAGGGAAGAUGGGUAACACAUCUGAGUUGUGUUCUCAGCUUGGAGCAGUUCUGGGUAUGCUUGGUGAUUGCUGUCGAGCAACUGGCGAUGCUGGUGCUGCAGUCGCUUAUUUUGAAGAGAGUGUUGAGUUUCUUUCAAAGCUUCCAAAAGAUGACCUGGAGAUUACACAUACACUUUCUGUUUCGCUCAAUAAAAUUGGAGAUCUUAAAUAUUAUGAUGGAGAUCUGGAAGCUGCAAGAUCUUUCUAUUUCCGGUCUUUAAAUGUUCGACGUGAUGCUAUCAAGCAUGAUUCAAAUGCUUCCCAGAUUUUGGAUGUUGCUGUCUCACUUGCGAAAGUUGCGGACGUGGACAGGAAUAUACGGAAUGAGGAUGUGGCGGUUGGUGGAUUUCAGGAAGCCAUAAAAUUGUUGGAAUCUUUAACAUUGAAGCCUGAAGAAGCCGGUCUUGAGCCAAGGCUUCUUUCGGUGCGGGAAUUCCUAAAAAGCCAAAUUACAGAGAAACAAGCGGAUGAUCUAACUGUCUAAGUCCAGGUCUUCCACGUGAAAAAGAGAGAAUAGUAGGCAUAGGCUUUGCAUCAAUAUCCAUACGAGCUUCAGUUCUGUUGUCAAUAAACUGGAAGAUAUGAGUUAUGGUUCUCAAGACAAGCGCUGGAUAUUAUUUCACUCGUAAUCUUCAGCUACUGGUGAUUGUCACUCAAUCGGUUGUAUAUAACAGAAUUGUCUGGAUGGCGACGUCGAUAGCAAGUAGAUUAGGAAUCUGUAUUUUACUUCGUCUGGAUUAAUUAGCUUGUUAAUUACUUUCUUGCUGAACAUACAACUCUUUACUCUUGGUUGUAUUAUCGCCUUGAGACCAUUAAAAUGCAUGCUGUCCAUAUGGUAAUGCUCUCUUUUUUUUUGGUUUUUGGGUUUUGUAGUUCUGGUUUGUUUUUGUUCCUUUCACUUCCGAUAUGAAUGAUGGUAAUUUACGGGGAAUUUCCCUACCAUGUUGUAAUAAACUUAAUACAGUUAAUAAUUGAUGGCUAGACAAUGUAAUUAUUUUAGACA